CAGUGAAGCAAAACCUCAAAGCUGCUCAGUUUGUCAACAAACAUUUAAAAGGAGAGGUGCAGUGGGUGACGGGCGUCGGCCAUGACAGGCACCUGUCCGUCACUGUGAACGCUCCCAGCAGCCUCAUCAUGGCCACUGUUGAUGAUGCAAAGGGUCAGAUCAACUUUGAGACCGAGGAAACGGAUACCCAGCAGGAGGAGUGUAGCCUCAGUGUUGUAGAGGAGGACCCAGAGCCCCCCCACAUUAAAGAGGAAGAGGAUGAACUCUGGUCCAGUCUGCAGAUAGACCAGGAAGUGGCUGAUACUUACCUCCCUUUCACUUCUGUGAAGAGUGAAGAAGAGGAUGAAGAGAAGGCUCAGUCCUCCUCACCGCUUCAUGAAAUCAAGACUGAGAAUAACCAACAGGUAGAGAAAACAGAAACUGAUGAAGAGGAGUGUGAAGGAUCAGAUCCAGAUGAUCCUUUACAACCAGCUACUCAAUACACAAGUUCACACUCUGAGUACGAGACUGACGACAGUAGAAAUAGGGAGAAACGGCAAGACAAUGAAGUACCCGGAAGUGGCAUUGAGGGGGAUGAUGGGUGUGCUAGAAGCUUUGUGCAUGAGGGGAAUCUGCAGAAACACACUGGAGAGACACUUUAUAGUUGCACCUUCUGUGAUUUCACAUCUGCGAAAAGGUCAGGUUUGACCAAACACCUCGAAGUUCACAGUGAAGCAAAACCUCAAAGCUGCUCAGUUUGUCAACAAACAUUUAAAAGGAGAGGUGAGUUGGUGUCGCACAUGAGAAUCCACUCAGGGGAGAAACCAUUCAGUUGUCCUGUUUGUGGUAAAGGUUUCGCAUACAAGUCUAUUCUGAAUAGACACUAUACUGUCCACACAGGGGAGAGACGAGUCAGCUGCUCAGUUUGUAGUAAAACAUUUGCAACAGGAGACAAUCUGAGAACACACCUGAUCCUCCACACUGGGGAGAAACCAUUCAGUUGUCCUGUUUGUGGUAAAGGUUUCGCAUACAAGUCUCUUCUGAAUAGACACUAUACUGUCCACACAGGGGAGAGACGAGUCAGCUGCUCAGUUUGUAGUAAAACAUUUGCAACAGUAGGCAAUCUGAGAACACACCUGAUCCUCCACACUGGGGAGAAACCAUUCAAGUGUAAGGUUUGUGGAAAAAGAUUCGCCGACGGGUCGAAUCUGAAAAUACACUCAACUGCUCACGAUGGAGAGAAACCAUUCAGUUGCACAGUUUGUGAUAAAAGUUUCACAUACAAGUCAAUUCUGAAUCAACACGUCCACCUCCACACAGGGGAGAAAGAAUUCAGCUGUUCACUUUGUAGUAAAACAUUCGCAACACGUGGCAAUCUGACACAACACUCAACUGUCCACUCCGGGGAGAAACCGUUCAGUUGUACGCUUUGUAGUAAAUCCUUCAACCAAAGAUCAAAUCUGAGAAAACACUUGAUUGUCCACUCGGGGGUGAAACCGUUCAGUUGUACGCUUUGUAGUAAAUCCUUCCCCCACAAAUCAAGUCUGAAAAAACACUUCAUUGUCCACACGGGGGAGAAACCAUUCAGUUGUUCACUUUGUGGAAAACACUUUGCACAAAUGACAAAUCUGACACAACACUCAAUUGUCCACUCCGGCCAGAAACCAUUCAGUUGUACGGUUUGUGGUAAAGGCUUCACCCACAGGUCCAAUCUGAGACAACACGCAUAUGUCCACGCCGAGGAGAAACCAUACAGCUGCUCAGUUUGCAAGACAGGUUUCACUCGGGUGUCCAAAUUAAAUAAACACAAGUGUGCUGGUGAGAGAAGCAAAAUAGAGUGAAGUUGCAGAGAUUUUUUUCACGUUUUGUCUUAAUGCAGAUAUGUUUAAUAGAGUGGUGUAGUGUAGAGUCCUAAAACCCUGAAGUGAGUUAGCAUUUUACCACUUCGUCUCAGAGCCAAUGGGUUUUUUUUAACGUGUUUUCUUAGAGAGCGCCAUGUGUAAUUAUUUGUCUCUCCCUGUCUGCCGCUCACACGCCUGUUCACUCUCCUCUCUGCUUCUCUCCCUGUAUUUCCGCUUCUCUGUUACAAAAAUGCGUCUUCCCUGGACCGCUCUAAGGUGUUGGGUUAUACAUGCUGUGUGAGUUGAGUGUAAAUAAAGAA